AUGAAUUUAGAAGAGAGCCAAUCAAAUAGGGGUACGCUUAAUAUUAAAAAAAUAUUAGUAAUUGUUUGUAUGACGAAUAAAAUUUGUAAGCACCUGAUCCAAUCCUUAUUAUUGAGCAAGAGACGUCUUGUUUCUGUACUCUUUGAUAACUAUCAAGGCGACAUGAAACUAAGGUCAUCUCCAUCUGCCAUUCCUCUAGUUCCGUCAACGAAAAUUCUUCAAGCUAUGGAGGCCCGGAACGACAUUGUUGACAGUCUGAUCAUCAAUAGUCACGCAACGGAAAGUGAUCGCCGGACUUUAGGAGACCAUGAGGUUAGACAAUGUGAGGAUACCAACUUCGGCUUCAAAAUUUGA